AUGAGCCACUAUGGUAUUCCAGGGGGUCUCAAGGUCCCUGAGUUGGCAAAAAGGGUCAAAUGGCUACUAAAACGAGGGAACUUCAAGAACGGCAGCAUAGACCUUGAGGCAGAAACAUUUGACAGGGGAAAAAUAUUCAACCACCCUCUCAUCACUGAGAUCAUCCUCCAGCAAUGGUUCAGCAAUGCCAAGUCAGAUGUGUGGGCUCGCAAUGAGAUGGUGAAGCAGAAGAGAAUAUUUCCCUCAGUUAUUGUUCUUGUCAUCACCUGUAUUGAGAGCUGCCUCAUGGCUUGGAGUUUGGGCAAGGAAACUAAGCAUAACUUCAGUGAAGACAACUGUAGUGAGAGGUAUCAUUUUUUUAUGAAAGCUUAUGAGUCGCUCCAGAAGAAUGCGCCUGAUCAUGUCAAUAAUUUAGAGGAGGAGAUGUUUAUAUAUGUAAUGAAGUACAAGCACAUGGGAGUCUCAGUGGAGGAGGAGGUUGAGGAUGCAGUAGAGGAUGAGUCCCAUGGUGUCAAUUUUGCUGCUCUCAAUGCUGCUGCUGCUAGUAGGCAUGCUUCACACUCAUCCACCGCCUAG